CAGGGGUGGACUGACAACUCAUGGGGCCCCCGGGCAAUAGGGGAUCAUGGGGCCCCUGUGUCCUUGCCACACUCAAACUACACCCAAAAAAGCCUAUGAAAGGUACCAGGGGCAUCUCAUGGGGCCCCCUACUGACCCCGGGCCCUCGGGCACUGCCCGAGUUUCCAAAUGGUCAGUCCACCCCUGAACGGAAUCAUAUAGCAUUGAACGCCCUUUGUUUUGAUGUACCUAGAAUGUACUGAGCUGAUUUCUUUGGGGCAGGAUCAUAUGUUCAUUGGCCCCAUAAAAUCAAUGGAAGCAUCUUUAAAACAUGAGCA